UUUAGUCGCCCCUGUAGCAGAGCGCUUAAUCGAGACAAGCAGUGGUUCCGCUAAGUUCACUUCCAUGUUGCAUGAGUGUUGCGCCGCGUCUUUUUGUUUUCUUCGCGAGUGAGCGGCUUAUCGGUAAUUUUUCGGCCUCGUUUUUUUUGGAUAAACUACCUACUUUUGAGACCUGACAAGUUUUUGUUUUAUCCUGGGAGCGAAAGAUAAACCCCAAGGCAAAAUGGUGUACGAUUGUGGUUCUUGCAUGGUCAAAUAUGUGCUGUGUGGAUUCAACUUUAUCAUUUUUCUAGCGGGUACACUAGUUUUAGGAGUUGGAAUAUGGCUCCUGGUGGAUAUGAACUCGUUUAUUGGACUCCUAAAAGUGGUUCCCAUGGAAAGUUUGCAGGACUACACAUCCCCAGAGUUUAUAAAGCAGGCUACUUAUGUAUUGAUAGCAGUGGGAGCUUUCAUGUUUUUGGUCAGCUUUUUGGGAUAUUGUGGAGCGCUUAAAGAAUCACAAUGCAUGCUGACCCUGUAUGGUAUACUACUUAUAGUAAUCCUAAUCAUGGAGAUUGCUGCUGGAUCUUUAGCAGUCAUUUAUAAAUCCAAGGCUGAAACUGAAACCAAACAUAUUCUAAAACUCUCACUAGAAAAAUAUUACAAUAGCACUGAUACCAAAGAUGCUGUAACAUUGGCCUGGGAUGCUUUACAAAUUGAACUUAAAUGUUGUGGAGUUGACAAUGGUGAAGAUUACCAGCGAAACGAAGCAUGGAAGCAACAAAGUUACAUCGUUCCACCUUCAUGCUGUGCCCUGAGUUUUGAUAAUAAACCUCUGGAUCCAAACUGCGUGACAGCUCCGAAUGAAUCGAAUUCGUAUUAUCGAAUGGGUUGUUACCAGAAAAUUGUGGAUUGGGUCAUGAUCAAUAUGAAUAUUAUUAUAAUAUCUGCUGCUGUCUUAGCAUUGGUAGAAAUUAUAGGAAUUUUGUUUGCGUUUUGUCUAGCAAAAUCCAUAAAUAGAUAUGAAAAGUAAAUUCGAUUUUUUUAAAGAUUUAUGUUAAACAUGCUUUUUUAUAAUUUUGUAAAUAUUUAGACCAAAUUAUGUUGUCUAAUUUAUAAAAAAAAAUCCUAGUUUGUAUAAGACCCGAAAUUAUUAUUUUUCCAAAAACCUUCAUAGCAUAAAUUCGAACGGCAAUGAUUUUAGACCAGAUAUACCUACCAACUAUAUACUAGUUAGUGAUAUUAGUAAAGAACUGAGAACUGAAAUGAUUAAAACGAACAAUGGAUAUCAGUAUUUUUCAUAAUUGUACUAUUUGAAACUAAAGAAAUCAAAACAAUUUGAGUGCCUUUUAUAUAGGGAUCAGUUGAAUUUUUCAAAACUAAAGUUAACAAUAUAAUCUAGUCAUAUGUCAAAAAUAUUGUUAUAUUUAUACUUAUACCUACCUUAUGUGUGUAUUCAGGCCUGCCUGAUUAUCGAAAUAAAUGUAAGGAGAUUCAAUUUUGUAUAUAAUUAUUUUAUAGGAAAAGUGAGUAUGUAAGAUUAAUUAUUUUUAUUUGUUAAAGUUCCCAUGAAAUAAAUGAAUCCUUUAAAAUAGUUA